AUGCAUAUGUUUUCCCUAAUUGAAGGUUUGAACACCAACGAUUUACCAAAUACAUCCCCGAACUCUGGCAACUUCGCUAUUAUUCUCGAUACACUAUACAACACCUUGAAAGCAGAUACGUCGAUCGAAGUUACCGUUCUUCUAUUGCAAUGGCUCAAAGACAUAUUGAUAAAUUCAGAAAACUAUCUAGAAGCUCUGUAUACCAACGAAAAAUUCUCGAAACUGGCCGACGUUAUAGUCGAUUGCGGGUAUAACUUCAAUCCGAGGAUUGUACUCAGCGUAUGCGAGAAUUUGGAAAAGCUGCUGUCUAACAAACAACUGUCCUGGAGCAGUACUUUUUUGACAAACGUGAGCGAUCUAUGCAAACUACACAUGACGUCGACGAAAGAGGAGAUCAGGAAUUGCUAUAGCAGAUUGUUGGCCAACAUACCUUGGGAUAUCACGAUAGCUGAGCUGAACAAGGUUAAUACCGCACAGUCUCUCAAAGAAAAGUGCGCAACUGAAAAGAAGAAUCUGAAUUAUGCGGUCUACUUGGGACAGCAGCUCCACUUGAAUGGCUCUAUAGAGAGUGAAUUGUACCCAUUGCAAUUCAAACAGCUGACCAAAUACCUUUUGAAGAACGAGCCGAUGGACAUCUCGCAAAUGGAGGACAUUUUUUCAAGUUGUUGGCUAUCGGAUUCCGAUUCGUUGGUGUACUCGGUGCCUUAUGAUGAGCUAGCGAGCAAUUCUAGUGUUGUAUUGUACAGCUGGUUGACAUUAGAGGCGGCCCAGUUUUGUGUUACCUAUAAAUUAAGGACGCCGCUGGGAAAGCCGAAUGAGACUUUUACGAAAAUAGAAGGUGCCUUGAACCAAUUGGGCAACGAACUAAUCACCCUGAAAAAACAUGGCGGAGAUGGCGAUGACAACCAUCACGAAACAACCACCGUACGCGUUCGCCUAUUGCUCUACUUUGUCGAGAACCUGGAGAAAGCCAUUUACAAUGCGUCUGAAGGUUGCGUGGCCGCGAUGCCGUCCGCGCACAAGGCCGUCAAGUCGUUCUUCGUCGCCAACGCGAACACGUGUUGCGAAUGGUUCGCCAGGAUACGGUUGGUGGCCACCCAUGUCGCCUUGCACAGCGGGGAACCUAGCGUCGCGCUCAGGCACGGCCAGGCUAUGGUGAAGGACUUGGUUGCAACUGGUAAAACAAAUACCACCGAAUUCGAGAUACUCUGUAUGAUAGUGACAUUAGCGUUACUAUAUUUGAAAGAACCCGAAUCCCUGUAUGGCUUCUACUCCUGGUGUAAGAAUACAGUGGGGAAAAAGUAUCAUUGGAUAAAGCAUGCAGGAGAACAGGCUGCUAAAAAGUAUGAAUUGGCAUUGGAAGGAUACAAGAAAGUUUUACAAGAUAAAGGCGCGUUGGACUCUAGUACGGACAAAAAACUAGAACCAGACAUCCAAAACUUCAUAAUGGACCAGAUAGUCGUCUGCUACAAGGAGCUGAGCAAUUGGGUGGAGCUGUUCGAUUGGCACGACAAGCAGCAGGGCGUAACAGAAAACGGAAAGAAGUACUGGUUCAACAAGACUGAUUGGGAGUGCAACAAGAUCCUUUUCGAUAUGGAGUCUGACAAUUUGGCGUUCGAAGAACUAUCUAGCUGGGACUAUAAGGAGAAUAAGUCUUGGAGUGUUUACGAGAAUCUCAAUACGACUGAGAGCAAUUUGUACAACGUGGCGUUGAAGCUGACUAUGAAGAAAGACCAGGAUUUGGUGGUCAAGACUGAAGAAAAUAUUCUGAGUAUUCAGAGAUCCAUCCAGGAGUUUCUACCGCUGGCUCCUUCCGAAUUCCUGCAGACCUACUCGCUACUGCAUUACGUAGCGAAUGGUUUGAAGCAAGUAGCGUACGACAGCGCUGCUCAUACCGCUUUCCUGGUAUCUGAAAGUUUCGAAAAGGAGAUUCAAAAAGUCGACUCGUGUGUCCUCCGCAAGAUCCUCUGGUGGUCGGAGCAUUUCGGCAAAAUCCAGAAUCAGGGAUUCAACGUGUUCUGUAGCAAUCUAAGAUUGGAUGUUAUCAAACGGGCCAGAAAAGAGAAGAACUACAAACUGGCUGCUAGUCACAUCCUGAAAUUCUUCAAAGACAAGGACCUAAUCGUGACCGAUCAAUCAGACAUAGAUAGCGUGAUCGAAGUAUUUGUAAAUAAAGUACAGGAAGUGAGCGUUUGGACAAUGGACAUCGCCAAAGCGGUAGCUGAAGUCAUCAAGGUAUCUUAUGCCAUCUCAGAUCAUGCUACUGAAAACACGUUCAAUCUGUGCGCUGUAGCAUCUACGUCUAUCUCGAAGUAUGCGGAGCUGUUUGGUGUCAAGGAACUGAGACAGGUGAGUACGAAGAUCCUCCUGAAAUUAGCUAGCUGCCUGCAAUCGAACGAGGACGCACCUCUAACAGACAUCAAUAGUCCUCUGGGCAAACUGAUCCUGGUCCUUCCUGAGAUCGGUAUGGUAGAGAAUAUCGCUGCCAGCAUGAUACCCCAGAACGAGGUAGCCGUGGGCAAGCUGCUUCACUUCUGUGUCCACCAUUGUGCUACCUUGGCCAAGAGCUGGAACGUUUUCGGGUCUUGGUGCUACAGGUGGGGCAAGAAGAUCGUUGACCAUAGCUCUGGUAUUAAGAAUAACCUCAGUGAAGAGCAUUGUCAAGAAAUCAAGCAGUUGUUGCCUGUUGAUACGCCUGAAGAGGAUGUCGCCAAGAUAUUCAGGAUUUUGUCACAAACGCGAUCCGUAAUAGACGAAGAGGACAUCGAUCCGAACGAAAUAAAGACCUCGGAAAUGAUUCUAAGCCAGCUGCAGUGCGUACAGGCACUUGGAUCCGCCAGUGAGGAGCAGCUGCAGAGCCUGGUGCAGAUCUGGAGGAACACCCAGAAACGUAUCUACCAUUACUACGCGCUUAGUGCCGAUGCUUACUUCCGAUACCUUCAUUUGGUGCAGCAGCCAGAGAAUGUGAGCAAAAGCAGCGAAUUCAAUACGGUCACUAUUACGUUGAGGCUGUUACGGUUGAUCGUCAAGUAUGCUUUGGAAUUGCAAACUAUUUUGGAAGAGGGGCUCCAAACGACCCCCACACAACCCUGGAAAGUAAUUAUCCCGCAACUAUUCUCCCGCUUAAACCACCCCGAAAGCUACGUGCGCCUGCGCGUGUCCGACCUUCUAUGCCGCGUGGCCGAAGACGCCCCUCACCUAAUCACCUUCCCGGCAGUGGUGGGUGCCCUAGAAGGCGGCCUCAAGUUCGACUUUUCGGAGAUCAAGCUGCCCAAAGACUGCUUAUCGCAGGAAAUCGACGAAUCCAACGACGACAUUGAGAUGAACGACGAGGAUGAGGAUAAUAAUUAUGACAGUGAUGGAGAGGAGACGGUGAAUACGAUGCAGUCGUGUUUCAAGACCAUGGUGGAUACUUUGAGCAAGCAGGAUCCAGAGACUAUAUCACAGGUACGCAAUUGCAAGAUGUCAUUUACGGGAGCGCUCUAUUAAUUAUUUUCAUAAGCAGAACAAAUUGACGUGUCCAUCCCAGACAAGCAUAUCUCUGAGUUACUAACUUUACCGGAGAAGCGAAACG